AUGGUGACGAGUAAGUCUUUUCUUUUAGUUUUGCUCUUCUCUCUUGUGCUUUCUUUUGGCUUGCUUUGUUCAGCUGCUGAUCGUUCCGGUAGAAGAGGCAAGGAGGAUCCUCGGAAGAGGUACCAGGACUGCCAGAGGCGAUGCCAAGGGGAGACUCGUGGAGAAAGGGAGCAAGACCGAUGCGAAGAACAAUGUGAAAGGCAGUUUAGACAGGAACAGAGGGAGCAAGAAGAGGAGGACGAACGGUGGAGCCACGGUGAUCCGAACCCCGAAGAUCCCCAGAGGAGGUUCGAGGAAUGCCGGGAACGGUGCCAACAGGAAGGACAAAGGCAGCAGCCGCAAUGCCAACAACAAUGCCAGAGAGAAUUCCAGGGACUCCAGCAAUGUCAACAGCAUUGUCAACAGGAAGAACAAAGGCCGGAAAGGAAGCAGCAAUGCGUGAGACAAUGCCGGGAGAAGUUCGAAGAACAACCAAGGAGAGAAAGAGGAAACAGGAGGGAAGACGAAGAAGAAGAAGAGGAAUGGGAAGAAGGGCGUCAAAGCCAUAACCCUUACUAUUUCCCCCGCAGAAAAUAUGCCCAAGCUCGAUACGAGGAAGACAAUGGCAAUUUCUGGGUCCUCCAGAGGUUUUCCCAGAAGCAUCAGUUACUCAAGGGCAUCGACGAGUAUCGAGUUGCACUCAUAGAAGCAAAUCCCAACACUUUCGUCCUCCCACACCACUGUGAUGCUGACAAAAUUUACUUCGUAACAAGAGGAAAGGGAACGCUAACGUUCUUGACACAGAAGAAGAAAGAAUCCUUCAAUUUAGUCCCUGGAGUUAUAGUCAAAAUUCCAACAGGAAGCACUGUGUACUUGGUGAACCAAGACAACAACGAAAAGCUAAUCAUAGCAGUGCUCCACCGCCCUGUUAACAACCCUGGAAAAUUCGAGGAAUUCUUCCCUGCAGGACAAGAACAACCUCAGUCAUAUUACCAACCCUUCAGCCGUGAAAUUCUCGAGGCUGUUUUCAAUACACGAAGUGAGCAGCUCGAUAGGCUGUUCCAAGGGAAGCAAAGCCAGCAGGGAAUGUUCCGUAGAGUCAGCCAAGAGCAGAUAAAAUCAUUGAGCAAAGGAGCCACUACGCCAAAGGAGAAAGAAGAGAAAUGCGCCUUCAACUUGUUGUCCCAAAAUCCUAAAUACUCCAACGAAAACGGAAAAUUCUUCGAGGCUUGCCCUCGUGAAUUCGAGCUACUCCGGAACAUAGAUGCCGCCGUCGCCGGAAUCGAAAUAAGCAAAGGAUCAAUCUUUGUGCCGCACUACAAUUCAAUGUCGACAUUCGUGGUCCUCGUCACCAAUGGAAACGGGUACGUCGAAAUGGUUUGCCCUCAUCUCUCUAGCCAAAGCUCUCGAAAGGAAGAGGAAGAGGAAGAGGAAGAGGAAAGGAAAAGUGGAGAAUACAAGCAAGUGAAAACCAGAUUAUCGGCCGGUGAUGUAUUUGUAGUUCCGGCAGGCCAUCCAGUCACAUAUUAUGCAUCCCAAAACCAGCACCUGAGAUUCAUAGCCUUCGGACUCUACCACCAGAACAACACGAGGAACUUCAUAGCCGGGAAAGACAACAUGAUGAAGCAAAUGGAUAGUGAGGCGAAGGAGCUCGCGUUCGGGUUGCCUUCGAAGUUUGUCGACGAGAUAUUCAGCGGCCCGAAAGAGUCGUACUUUGUGUCUAGACAGAGUCAACAACGUGGAGAUGAAGAGAGUAGGGGAAAACCCAUGAACUCGAUCCUGGACUUGACUCGUUUCUUCUAAACUGCUGCAGUUUGUGCAUGUAAUGGAAUAAAUAUGUAAAAGAGGAGAGCCUUGUUUUGUAGU